AUUUUCUACCAUGUAAAAUAGUAAUCAUAAGCACAUAAUAAAUUCUACACUUAUAAUCUGUCAUGAACAACAUUCCAUUAUAAAGAAAAAUAAAGAAACUAUCAUUGAAUAAUAGAUGAUGUAUAAUAUGAAGAAAAGAAAAAAUCAAUAUUCAAGAUUUCAUUUCAUAUAUUUACAUAAAUACAAUGGAAAACAACUAAAAUUGAUCUUGUAACUACAUUUAUCACUAAAAGUUGACAUCAUCAUCUUGAUCAUCAUCAUCAUCUUGAUCAUUAUCUUGAUCAUCAUCAUCAUCAUUAAGAUAUUUCUUAAAAAGGAAAACAAUUUUGGGAUUAAUUUUAUCACUACGUGUUUUUCUUAUUAAAAAAAAAUUUUUUUACUAUGUGAUUAAUCUAAGGAAGAGAAAAAUUAUGGGUUGCGUGAAUACAAAAUCAAUUUUAGAUAAACCCAUUGAAGAAAUUGAAAAACCUGAAAUUUUAUUAAAAAUUGUAUUAAUAUUUUCACAGGCUGAUAAACAAACUCAAUUAAUGAUUGAUGCAGCUCAACAAUUAAAACAUAAUUGUACAUUGAUCAAUACAAUUAAACAGGAUACAACAAUAAAGGAUAUAGAUAAGAUUAUUAAUGAAAAGCUUAUUGAUGUACAACAGAUUAUUGAUAUGGUUGUACUGGAUAUUCGUAAGCUGAAGCCGAACCGGUCUUUCAGUAUGUCCGGUACCAAAUCAUCACAAUCCUCAGAAAUUAAUAUCAGUAAUAAUAACAUUAGUUCAUCAUUGAGCAACUGGUGUAAACAACUUAGAAGUUAUUCACCGACAAAAGAUUCAGUUAUUGUAGGAUUAUUGAGUCGGAAAUGCUCUUCUGAUCAAAGAAAAAUACUCAUGAAUAAAGCUCUAAAAUCUGGUUGUAAUAAGUGUAUUUUUGAAGCAACAACUGUAGAUGAUUUUUGUGAAGAAUUAAAAAAUUUUGCUAAUAAUGAAUGGAAAUUAUUAAAUCAAUUAAGAAAUUUCAUUUGUACUAACAAUAUUACUACCAAUGCAACAACAACAACAACUACUACUACUACUACUACAACUAGUACUAGUAGUAGUAGUAGUACUACCACUACUACUUCUACCACAAAUAAUAAUAAUAAUACAGUAACAACAAAAGCAAUUAACAUUUUUACUACCCCUAAUAGUAAUGAAAACAUUGUAGAAUCUGAAAACAUUCAAUCAAAUACAGAAUUAAAUGAGAUUUUCCUAAAAGAUGAGUGUAGAUUUCAAAUGAAAUCAGAGACUAGACAGCCGACAAUUAAAGAGUCCGUAGAUAAUGAAAUAGCAUCAACGGAUGAACUGAAAGCCAAUGUUAUUGAUUCUGUCACUGUGCUACAUGAGCAAGGAAAGAAAUUUAGAGAAUUUAUCUCCGUACGAAAAACUAGAAACUCAGAUACAAACAAUAUUGUUGGUUUAAGUGCGUUAUUACAUUCUAGAUGUCCGGACUUUUCGUCACCAAUGUGUAAAGUAAUUGGAAUUUUGAAUUCUGCACGUGUUCGCAGUCCAUUACCAGUAGCAAAAGAUCUACAAAAAGCUAUUAAUUUAAUAUGUAGUUCAAAUGUAUUUGUUGAUCAAAUAAUGAAACCAUUAAGUCGAACAAAUGAUCCUAUCACAGCAGAUUUAAUUGAAGGUUUGAUUACUGGAUCAAAUCUAGCUAGAGAACCAGAGAACUUACUCAAACUUCGAUCUUUGGCUAAAUCUCUAAAAGGAUCCGAAAAUGUUACAACAACACUGUCAACUUUACAAAAUAGUCCAGAAAUUGAAACUUGCCUAUCAAAUUUUGAUAAAUGGGACUUCAACAUAUUUGAUCUUGAACGGUUAACUAGUAAAAAACCUCUCACUUAUUUAGGCAUGAAGAUAUUGGACAGUUUCAAUGCUCUUAGUGUACUACGUGUACCUAGUCAAAUUUUAGUCGGUUGGUUAACAGUAAUUGAAGAACAUUAUCAUGUGGAUAAUCCAUACCAUAAUGCUACACAUGCAGGUGAUGUUCUACAAGCAUCAGCUUACUUUCUACAACAUAGUUUAAUAAGAUCAAUUUGCACAAAUAUCGAUGAAGUUGCUACACUUUUAGCCGCGAUAGUACAUGAUGUAGACCACCCGGGGAAAACAAAUCCAUUUCUUGUGAAUAGUAAUGAUCCAUUAGCUAUUCUAUACAAUGAUAUUGCUGUAUUAGAAAGUCAUCAUGCGGCUGUUUCAUUUGAAUUAACCCUCCGAUCACCUGACAUCAAUAUUUUUCAGAAUUUGACACGUGAAGAAUAUCGUACAAUACGUAGCUAUAUUGUUGAUAUGGUAUUAUCUACUGAAAUGGUACGACAUUUUGAUAUUGUUACAAAAUUUGUAAACACAUUAAGUAAACCAAUACUUGCAAAGAAUCGUCACCAUGAUCGUUCAUCUGUCGGUAGUAUGAGUUCUAUGGAAUCAUGUUCUAUGGGAAUGACAAUAUCACAUUCUACUUCACCAAGUCCUGGACAAGAACGUAUAUCUAGUACGCUAGAAAACUUAUCAACUGCCGAAAAUAGAACAUUAAUUAAACGUUUAAUUAUUAAAUGUUCCGAUGUUAAUAAUCCUACAAGACCAUUAUCUAUAUGUAAAGAAUGGGCAACAAGAAUAGCGGAAGAAUACUUUUGUCAGACAGAAGAAGAGAAACGACGCAAUUUGCCUAUUGUUAUGCCAAAUUUUGAUCGACAAACUUGUAAUAUUUCUCAAUCACAGUUAUCAUUUAUUGAUUUCUUUUUAAAAGGAAUGUUUUCAGGAUUUGACUGUAAGUCAGUUACAUAUUAUGGUAAAAAUAUAUUUUAAAAUUAGUCCCAUUAGUUCGAUGUAUUAAUAGGAAACUAAGAAGUUAUUAAAUUGUGUAACAGUAAAGAUUGUGUUCUUUUAAUGAAACUCCAGUUGGCACCCCCUAUGUUAUUUGGAUAACCAAUGAGAGUUUAGAUGGUCCGACGUUAAAGGAAAUGUUAGGAUGUGCAGACAAAUAUACCAAUAAUUAUCAUGUUAAGUAUAAUGGUGGCCCUGGACUCUAAAUGUACACUCCCUAUUGGUCGAUAUUUAUUUCACUUGUUGAAUAUGGUACAAAUGUUGUUUUCUAUUUUAUGGUACGAUGUGGUCUGGUUGAUUGGUAUAUAAAUAGAGUAUGUCUGAAAUAUAAUGAUUCAUAUCUCAGAGGCUAAGACUUGCGUUCUGGACUCAACUGGUUGGGCUAGACAGCGAAGCAGGGCCAAUCGGGACUCUAGGUCGUUCAUUUCGUGUUUACGUGUCACUGAUUCGAUUGAUAAAUACGCUGCGCAUCUAAUCUGCAAUCCACAAGACACAACAGGAAAUAAGCAUGAAGACUUAAAACACAGUUUCUUCCUAAGUGAUACUUGUCAGAAUAGUCCAUCUGGAGUCUUGAAGGAUUGAAUAUGUAGUAAGCGAGAACACAAGCGGAGACAAUCGAACGUAUUUGAACACAGAAUUACAGAACAUUUUAGUAAAAUCUGAGAACUAUACAAGAAAUACUUGAUUAACAAAAUGUCAGUUAAUUGUCUCAGACUUCAUUGUU